UGACUCAACCCACCGAAGACAUGGCGGAAGAAAACAACGCGCCCGCAGCCGCUGCGCCGGCAGAGCCCUCCAAGAAUGCCCUGAAGAAGGCCCAGAAAGAGAAGGAGAAGGCCGAGAAGAAGGCAGCCGCCAAAGCUCGCGAACUCGCCGAGCGACAGAAGAAAGAAGCUGCCGACGCCGAGGAUGUGUCCAAGGAAGACUACGGCGAGCUCCCGCUUACUGGAUCCAAAGACUUCAAACCCACGGGCGCGACCCGCGUCGAGCUAUCCACCAUCCCAGAGCAUGAGGGCAACGAGAUCACCUUCAGAUGCUGGGUCGAGAAUGCGCGCGUGCAAUCAGCAAAGUUGGCCUUCAUCAAUUUGCGCCAGGGGCUGAACACGGUACAAUCUGUUAUUGCGGCGAGUGAUAAGAUCAGCAAGCAGAUGGUCAAAUUCUCUGGCACGCUGAGCACGGAGAGCUUGCUUGUUGUUACGGGACUGGUGAAAAAGGCGCCAGAGCCAAUCAACAGCGCGACUAUCAAGGACUUCGAAAUCCACAUCAAGAAGGUCUUCAUCGAGAAGAAGGCAGAGGUUCCUCUCCCCCUCCAAGUCGAGGAUGCGGAGCGCCCGCUACCCAGCGAGGGUCUGGGAGAAGAGGAAGAGAAGGCCGCAGAGGGUGACGCCCGACCUCUCGUGUCCCUCAACACUCGACUGAACAACCGCACCAUCGAUCUCCGCGCAAAGAUCAACCACGCCAUCUUCGUCGUCAAGGGCGGCGUCCGCCUCCUUUUCACCGAGUUCCUCUCCCAGAAGGGCUUUAUCCCCGUCGAGACACCCAAAAUCCUCGGCGCGGCCUCCGAAGGCGGCGCCAACGUCUUCGAGCUCAACUACUUCGGCAAGCCCGCCUACCUCGCCCAAUCCCCUCAGUUCUACAAGCAGAUGCUCAUCGCCGCGCGCUUCCAGAAGGUCAUGGAGAUUGGCCCCGUCUUCCGCGCCGAGAACUCAAACACCGCCCGCCACUUGACCGAGUUCACGGGGCUCGAUCUCGAAAUGGAGUUCCAGGAGCACUACCACGAGGUAAUCCGCGUACUCGAGGACCUCAUGCUCUUCAUCUUCCAGGGCCUCAACACGCGCUACAAGAAAGAAACCGACCUGGUCCGCAGCACCUACCACGUCGACGACUUCAAACUUCCCGAGAGCGGCAAGGUCCCGCGCAUCCCGUUCCCAGAGGGCAUUAAGAUGCUGCGCGAGGCGCAGGGCACGGGCGAAGAUGUCGGCGAGAUCGGCGAGUACGACGACCUUUCCACACCCCAGGAGAAGAAGCUCGGCCGCCUCGUCCUCGAGAAGUACGGCUCCGACUUUUAUGUACUCGACCAGUUCCCGCUCGCUGUCCGGCCCGCGUACACGAUGCCCUCCCCCGAGAACCCAAAGUUGUCGAACUCGUACGACUUUUUCAUGCGCGGGCAGGAGAUUUGCUCCGGGGCCCAGCGUAUCCAUGAUGCAGAGUUGCUAUCGAAGAUGAUGCGCGAGCAUGAUCCCCCGAUUGAUCCCAACAGCGCGGGUACCAAGGAGUACGUCGAUAGCUUCAGGUAUGGUGCACCGCCGCAUGGUGGUGGUGGAUUUGGGUUGGAGCGAAUCGUACAGUUCUGGUUGGGUCUGCCUAACAUUCGGAUGACGAGCUUGUUUCCGCGCGACCCGCAGCGGGUGACGCCGUAGAUGGUUGUGGUGGGAAACGCAGGGGCUUGGAAAAGUAGACGCAUGUCACGAUAGCUAAGAAGCACCAAGAAUUGACUAGAUGAAUCACAAUACUGGAUUGCGGAAACGGCAGUGGAAAGGCUGGUUCAUGCAAGAAGGCAGCCUGUUACUGUGGAUUAUAUCCCUCAUCCAAUCAGACGCUG